GUGGACCCGACUUAACAGUAAUCGUUACCAACCUCACAAUCCCCCCUCAUUGCACAACACAAUCCCAGCACUCCCUGCUACUAGGAGCAAAAGUAGAAGAAGAAGAAGAAAAUACAGAAAAUCUAGAAAGCAAAAAUAGCCAUGGUUUCUGUAGCAGCAGCAGCAGCAACAACAACAGCACAAUCCAAUCUCCUAUUCUCAAGUUCUCGUUCCAUCUCUCGUCUAUCUCCUUUCCAACUAUGCGUCUUUGACUCCAACACACUUCUUUCAUGCCCCAACAACAGUAAUAGUAGCAAGAAGAAACACGUUGGUGCUGGGGUUCGAUGCAUGGCUGUGGGCACAGCAGAGGCGGCGACAAAGAAGAGUACGUUUGAGAUUCAGACACUGACGGGCUGGUUGUUGAAGCAGGAACAGGCAGGUGUGAUUGAUGCAGAGCUCACUAUUGUGCUGUCGAGCAUUUCAAUGGCGUGCAAGCAGAUUGCUUCGCUGGUGCAGAGAGCUAGCGUUUCCAACUUGACUGGAGUACAGGGUGCUGUUAACAUUCAAGGGGAGGACCAGAAAAAACUGGACGUUGUCUCAAAUGAGGUUUUCUCCAAUUGCUUGAGAUCAAGUGGACGAACAGGGAUCAUAGCAUCAGAGGAAGAGGAUGUGCCCGUGGCAGUGGAAGAGAGUUACUCUGGCAACUACAUUGUUGUAUUUGACCCUCUUGAUGGAUCAUCAAACAUUGAUGCAGCUGUGUCCACUGGCUCUAUCUUUGGUAUAUACAGCCCAAAUGAUGAGUGCCUCGCUGAUGUUGAUGACGACGACUCCACUCUUGACAAAGUGGAACAGAGGUGUGUUGUGAGCGUGUGCCAACCAGGAAGCAACCUUCUUGCUUCUGGUUAUUGCAUGUACUCAAGCUCUGUGAUCUUUGUUCUCACAAUUGGAAAUGGUGUAUUUGCUUUCUCCUUGGACCCUAUGUAUGGGGAAUUCUUGUUGACUCAAGAAAAGAUCCAGAUACCGAAAACUGGAAAAAUCUACUCAUUCAAUGAAGGGAACUAUCAGCUUUGGGAUGACAAGUUGAAGAAGUACAUUGAUGAUCUCAAGGACCCAGGUCCCAGUGGCAAGCCCUAUUCUUCUCGGUAUAUUGGUAGUUUGGUUGGUGAUUUCCAUCGGACACUGCUCUAUGGUGGCAUUUAUGGGUACCCUAGAGACAAGAAGAGCAAGAAUGGGAAGCUGAGGCUCUUGUAUGAGUGUGCUCCAAUGAGCUUUAUAGUGGAACAAGCUGGUGGGAAAGGAUCAGAUGGCCAGAACAGAAUACUUGACAUUACACCAGUUGAGAUCCAUCAACGUGUUCCACUUUACAUUGGUAGCCAGGAGGAAGUCGAGAAAUUGGAGAAGUAUUUAGCUUGAUGAACAUGUCAUAGCCAAGAAAGUAAUUUUGUUAGCAAAUACAAUUGUUUCUUCAUGCAAGAAAUACUCUAAAUUGGAAUUAAGAAAGAAAAAUGUUGUUUGUGUUA